CCAACUGCAACGCCAAAUCAAAUACGGAGUAGAGCUAGAAGACUCCUACCAUCGAGGAAUUGACCAGACUAAGUUAGAAUCAUUAAACCCGCCGCAGCUAUGACAUCGGGUCCCUGGACACCUCUCUAUUCCACAUCACCACCUCCUUGACUUGACGACAAUACCCACCGAGAUACCCAACUUCUUCAAACCCCGUAUUCUCUUCGUUACCCAGAAAGGCCAUUGAAGCUCAUUCAAUAUGUCCUCCCUCCUCACGAGCUUCGGCCUGCGCGCCGCGUCCCCAACCACCCCCAUCUCCUCCUACACGGCCCACUAUAUCAUCCUAAACUUCAUCUUCGCCUACGCGGCGCUCUCCUCGCGCGGUCUCAAGAACGCCUACAAACUCGACCACAAUGUCUCCCCGCGCGAAGACGUCUUCAAAUACGGCGAGCGAGCCGUCGCGUCCGGCAAAAUCACCCAGGAGCAAUUGAACAUGUUAAAGCGCAACGAGGGCGCGCACGCGAACGCGGCCGAGAACUUCCCUAUGUUUGUGGGGAGUUUGCUGUAGGCACAUCAGGCGGGGGUGCCGUUCGAUGUAAUUAAUACGAGUGCUGUGGCUUACACGGUUGUGAGGGUGGUGUAUGCGGGACUGUAUUUGGGGAUAAGCAGUCAUAAGGCGGGUUAUCUGAGGAGUGUGGCGUGGUGGGCGGGGAAUUCGGUGUGUUUUCGGAUGCUUUGGCUUGGGGGAAAGGCGGUUAAUGUGGGGCCAUGAAGAUAUUAUAAGGGAGAUUGAGUGGUGUUUACAUGAGAUGUCAAAUCUCUCAAUGUGCACGGUAUGUCAUGAUCCGAAUCUAUAUCUCGUUUCUUAUCUGGCUCAAUGGAGCCAAUGGCAAGAUCUACUGCGUAUGCUU